AUGACUCAAUCCUAUAUUGUGAUGACCCCAUUUACUUUGGGGAACAUGAAAAUUAUUCGCUUCGAACGUACACACAACUUGGAUGAAAGUGUGGUUCAUCACAUUGCUGGUGGACAACAUUCUGGUAUUAUAGUAAAUAAAGAAUGCAAGUUAAAAAUGGAACCUAUGGAUGUACCAGAAAUGCAGUUGCAAUUUACGUGCAUUAUGUUCAACAAUAGAACUUCUGAAACUCAUGCAGAAAACCGUUGUUUAAAAUUCUGGUUCAGCAAAAGCGCUCAACAGUUUGAUCGUUUAGAUGAGUCAUACGACUUUUUUAGGGAACUUAUUGAUCCUGAUGCAUUCCCAAGGGACUAUGUUGGUUUUCUUAAAAAGGUUCUAAAGCUGAUGCAUGGAAGUCGUUAUCUACGUCUUCGUCGUGUAGAUUUGGACAUUAUACCUUUAGACAAACUGGAACAAGAGUCCUUAGUCCCUGAGAGGGACAAUAAACCAACUGAACAAGUUAUACGUGAAUCGUUGCAGAUGAGAUUAGAAGAAGCUUAUCCUAAUGUUUUAUCCAUGGACGACCUUAUUCGUAUUUUAGAAUGUGAUAAUCGUGCUUUAUUACAAGUCCAAUUGAAUGAAUUAGUCGACCGAGAUUUGAUACAACUGGUACCACUGGAAGGCAAGCAUGUUGGUCAAUUCGGUUUCCGAAGAAAAAUUCAUCUACAAAAUCAUGUUGUCCGAGAAAUGAAAGGAGCGAAUCAUAUGCAACAAGUAUCCACAUCCGAGAAGCCUACAAUUGCAAUUAUCACUAAUUUACUUUGUGAAAAAUUAGCUGUAGAUGCAAUGAUGGAACAGAAGACAACAUUUGUUCGUUAUAAAUCUGAGGGUGAAUCACAUGUUUACACUAUCGGGAACAUAGGACCACAUAAAGUCAUUUCUACAAAACUACCUAUGGUCGGACGUGAACUUCAAGCAAAAAUUUCCUCUGGGAGUAUUACAACUCGGCUGCUUGGAGCAUUCCAAGCGGUGCAACAUGUGUUCCUAGUAGGGGUUGGGGGUAGUGUACCUCACGUGUAUGAAUUUGAAAAACAUUCUCGCCUGGGUGAUAUUGUAGUGAGUGCUGUGGCACGUCCAAGUGGAUUGCAUUCUUCAGCUAUGAACAAUCAUACAAAUCAUUCUGUAUCGAAUGGUGUCGGAGACUCUAUCUAUAUUUACUGUGAUCGAUUGAUUGAACCUCCGGAAGAUGCAGUCGAUAUGAAAACACCAAGAUUUGUCUUAAGAAAGUACGCUGCUCGAGAUCCAACUUUAGUGAGCUGUGUAGAGAAAGUUCUCGAUCGCUUCGAAGCAGCUCCGGAAAAAUGUGAAUGGGAUCAGAUUUUAAAGUCUGCUUUGACUGUACUAGGCGGAGAGGAUGAUCCCAUUGAUUUUGCUCGGCCGUCGCCUGAUACAGACAAACUGAAACUGAAAAUCAACGAAGGUGUAACAUUCGAUAUCAAGCAUCCCGAUGUGCCUGAAGAACUGGCGCGUUUCUACCCACCAGGCGUACCAGCCGUACGCCUUGGUUGUAUGGGAUCUGGCAGACCAGUUACAGAUAAUGAUGCAUUGAUGAGUGACUUUGCUAAAGAACACCACCUACUAUGUUAUGAUGCUGAAUACGAUCAAGUUUUGGAGUCCGUUAUGGGAAAUGGCCUUGACUCUUUUAUUCUUAUUCGUGGAAUAGCUGACUAUAUGGAAGGGAGACAAGGUACACAGUGGCAACCUUAUGCAGCACUUGCAGCGGCAUCUUUUAUGAAGUCUAUAAUUCUACAACUACCGCUGAUUCCAAUUAACGAAGACUGA